CAGUGCAUAGAACACACGGGAGUGAUGGGCCUGGUGCCUCAUCAAAUGGUUAUGUGGGUGAGUAAUGACACACCUUGUGCAUCUGUGUGGAGAAGGGGUUAAGUACAGUGGGGUAAUUAGCAUAGGACGUAUUUGAUGUAUGACCAAUGCGCUAUCCAGCCAACAAUUUUUUUUUCCCCCUCUUUACAGUAACUAACAUGGCAUUGAUGAACUCAUCACUUGGAUGAGAACAAAGUUUUUUUUUUUUUUAUGACUUUAUAGUACAUUUGUUAAUGGUGCACACUUUGCUAUGCAUUAUAGGAUAAAAGAAUACUUAUACAUGUUUUACUGUUUAUCUCUUGGUUCUUUGAGUUUUUUGAGAAUAGUCUUGCCUUUAACCAUAUUUUUUUCUUCUGACAUUGUUUUUUGAAUGGAAUAUGGUCAUAAGCCAAGUACUUUGUCCAUUUAUGAGCAAAAUACUGUUGAUAAUUUCUGCUGACAGCACUAUCAUCAUGUGGUUACAACUAUGAGUGUUUUGAUAUCAGCUUUUCAUGUUUGGCUGGGAAUAAGGUGAAAGUGAUUUCUUCUCUGGAAGAACAUCUAAAGCAGAACACCCAAAGAUGUUGAAAGAAAAUAGUUUGCAGACAGAGCAAAUUUGUGUGCGAGGAUCAGAGAAGCUGCAAAUUCCAUUCACCAUUGUUUCAUAGAGGAUCUUUCUCUCUCUUAGAUCUUUGACAAAACCUCACAUCAUCCAAGUUUGUCAGCAAAUUUUUUUAUUUUUUAUUUAAAUUUUUCUCUUUUCCUCCUCAAAAUAUUGUAUCAUUCACAUCUUUCUCUAUAUAUUUGAAUCCUUAUAGUUGGCUUUUUCUGAAGCAAAAAAAUAGAGUUGAAAGGUGGAGAAUUCACACUAUGUAUGAAAUUAAGAAAUAAAAGAUAAGGUAGUUGAUGGUGAUCCAGAAUGUAGACCAUUUUGAAAAGUCAAAGGGAUGCUGGGAUACAUGCAUGAGAUACCAAGGAGGGUGUAUACUUGAAAGGCAACUAAGGCAUCAUGGUUGUUCAUAAGCUUUUUUUUUUUUUUUUUAUAUAACAAAAUGGUUGAAAACCUUGUUGAUAGCUCUUGUCUGUACAAUGUAUAGGUGUGUGUGUGUGUGUGUGUGUGUGUGUGUGUUUAGGCUUAUAAAGUACAUAGAAGGUAUUUUGCCUGACAUACCAUAUUUCCCACCAUAUAAAAUGCACUGGAGUAUAAGAUGCACCUUUAAUUUGGCAGGGAAUAUUUAGAAAAAAUAAAUUAAGCCCCCACUUUUCCCAGAACUCCAUAGCCUGUCCCUCAAUCAGGCUUUGGUCCAAGCUGCAACUCAAACCAACACAGAAGAGCAGAAAAUAUCAUACCAGUUUAUCAGCGAUAAUAACUGUCGCUGAACAAUUAUGACUAUGAUACUACCUUAUGUUGGUUUCUGCCUUUCUCUGUAUUCAAGAUAUUCCACUAUUGGCUGAAGAGUUACAGUGCUCCUAUCCCAAGCAGCUGUCAACUUGAAAUGGUAAACAAAACACUCCCUGUGUGUUAAGGUUGCACGCACAGCUGUGUAUUUUGUGGUAAGUGCAUGAAGCAUAAGCAACUAAGGCCACUUUCCUCUUAUAAAUUAUGGCUAUGACUUCAGCAUAAAGCUAUUCAUUACCUUAACAAAUUUACCACAAAUUUUAUUCAUGUAGGGUAAGGCCAUCGAGUGAUGCGCUUCAGAGUUACAGCAAUUGGCUGUAUGCCUUAUAUGGCAGGAAAUACAGUAUUUUCUUCCAUGUUCAGAUAGCAGUAUGCCUCUAAAAUGGUGUAUAAUUAUUUGAUAAUAUAAUUCAAGUAGCACCAAGGCUGCAGCUUUUGUGGAGACUUGAGUUUUAUCAAUUGCUAUUAUGUUUCUUGUGUACGAUAGAUAAUUAGGCAUGUUUAAAAAUAUGUAAAGAGUAUAUUAAAACUAUUCUGAUACCUUAAA